AUGCCGCCAUCUUUACCUGAUUUCUCCAAAUCUCACGGUAUAUCGAAACCAAACAGCCAAGAAUGGAUUACUCUUCGGCCACAUGAUGCCCCGAGCGACGAAUCCGAUGGACAAUACGGCAAAACAUCCAACAAAGUCGACAUGUUUGUUGGCGACAGAUUCUUCCGUACGGUAGAGCCUAAUUGUUUUGACCCAGACAUCCGUAUCGCAGAGAUGGAUGCUUCGGGCGUGGACAUGCAGGUGAUCAGUACGGUGCCUGUCCUGUUCUCGUACGACAAGCCCGUCGAGCCAGCAGCGGCGAUGGCCGAAUACCUGAACGACCACAUUGCGUCCAUAUGCCAUGACCAUCCUCAUCGAUUUGUGGGUUUGGCAACCGUGCCUUUGCAGAAUGUGGCUGCCUCGGUUAAGGAACUGAGGCGUGCAAAGAACAUGCUGGGGUUAAAAGGAGUCGAGGUCGGCACGGAGAUCAACGGGAAAAGCUUGAACCAUGCCGACUUCGAGCAGUUUUGGGCCGCAUGCGAGGAAUUGGACUUUCCGAUCUUCGUCCACCCUCUUGGAUACGAGCUAGAACAGGAGAACAAGGAACGAUGGGGAAAGUACUGGUCAGCAUGGCUAAUCGGAAUGCCCAGCGAGACAGCGCUCGCAAUGCACUCUAUACUCUCAUCAGGCGUCUUGGUGCGCCACCCGAAACUCCGUUUGUGCUUUGCCCACGCCGGCGGGGCUUACUUGCCUCUGCUGGGACGAAUUCAACAUGGAUACGACUGUCGCCCUGAUCUUGUUGCUCACAGCUCCCAAGGAGUGCUUCCUCAGGAAUAUUUCCAGUCGCAGCAGCAACACAACAUCUGGCUUGACAGUUUGGUACAUGACCCUGAUCUACUGAAAUUUAUCUGCAAGAAGAUCGGGCCAGAGAAGGUCAUUAUGGGCAGCGACUAUCCAUUCCCGCUCGGCGAGAUGCCAAUCCCUGGUAAGAUGUUGGCCAGUGACAAGCAGGUGGGCAGCUUCCUCUCGCAGGAUGAACGGGCACGGAUGUUGUCGGGGAAUGCCAUUGAAUUCUUGAAGUUGGAGGGCUUGUUUCCGGAGCAUAGAUUGUUACAUGUACCGGCUAUACAAUAG